AUCUCGAGCGAGAAGAAAACGUCGAGGUACCGGGGAGACACACAGAGCUGUCAUCCAUCCAGAGUCAGUUUAAACAACCUAAACAUGGCUGCGCGUCCUCAGUCAGACGUUGACAAACGUAAACAGAUCAGUAUCCGUGGAAUUGCACCGGUGGAAAAUGUUGCGGAAAUUAAGAAAACAUUUAACCGGCAUUUACAUUACACUGUGGUGAAGGAUAGAAAUGUCUCCACCCCACGGGACUACUAUCACGCCUUGGCCCACACUGUCAGGGAUCACCUGGUGGGGCGCUGGAUCAGAACACAGCAGCACUACUAUGAACAGGACCCUAAGCGUGUGUACUACCUUUCCUUGGAGUACUACAUGGGAAGGACCCUUUCUAACACCAUGGUAAACCUGGGCAUUCAGAGCGCCUGUGACGAAGCUAUGUACCAGCUCGGCCUUGACAUUGAAGAGCUCGAGGAAAUUGAGGAAGAUGCUGGACUCGGCAAUGGAGGUCUCGGACGAUUGGCUGCCUGCUUCUUGGAUUCCAUGGCAACCCUUGGUCUAGCUGCAUAUGGAUAUGGAAUCCGUUAUGAUUACGGCAUCUUUACACAAAAGUUUGAAAAUGGAUGGCAGAAAGAGGAGCCUGACGAGUGGCUGAGGUAUGGAAAUCCCUGGGAAAAGUCUCGCCCGGAGUAUGUACUGCCAAUCAAUUUCUACGGGCGUGUGGUGGAGAACAAUGGAGUUAAACAGUGGGUGGACACAACAGUGGUGUUUGGUAUGCCGUUUGAUAGCCCUAUCCCUGGCUAUGGGAACAACACUGUUAACACAAUGCGACUGUGGGCAGCCAAGGCUCCAAACAGCUUCAACCUCAAGUUUUUUAACAAUGGCUCCUACAUUGAUGCUGUGUGUGACAGAAACCAAGCCGAGAAUAUAUCCCGGGUACUCUACCCCAACGACAAUAUGUUUGAGGGGAAGGAGUUACGUCUCAAACAAGAGUAUUUCUUGGUGGCAGCCACACUUCAGGAUAUUAUCAGAAGGUUCAAGUCGUCCAAGUUUGGUAGCAGGGAUCCAGUGCGCACAUCCUUUGAAUCAUUUCCAGACAAGGUUGCUAUUCAACUGAAUGACACUCACCCUGCGCUAGCUAUCCCGGAGUUGUUGAGAAUCUUGGUGGACAUUGAACAUGUUCCAUGGGACAAGGCUUGGCCUAUCUGUGUGAAUACCUGUGCAUACACAAACCACACAGUGCUUCCUGAGGCCUUGGAGCGUUGGCCUGUCUCGCUGUUGGGCAACCUCCUGCCAAGACACUUAGAAAUCAUAUACCUCAUCAACCAUAACUUUAUGCAGGAGGUAGGAAAACGUUUCCCAAAUGAUUUUGACAGGAUGAGGCGGAUGUCUCUAGUGGAGGAAAGUGGAGAGAAGAAAAUCAACAUGGCUCACUUAGCCAUUGUGGGCUCCCACGCCAUCAACGGUGUGGCAGCUAUCCAUUCCAACAUCAUCAAAAAUGAUACGUUUAAGGACUUCUAUGAUAUGUAUCCUGAGAAAUUCCAGAACAAGACUAAUGGUAUCACACCGCGGCGCUGGCUGCUGCUGUGUAACCCUGGUCUGUCUGAUGUCAUAGCUGAGAAAAUUGGAGAGACUUGGGCUACAGAUCUGUAUGAACUUGCCCAGCUUAAACAGUUCGUAGAGGAAGAGUCUUACCUGAACAAAAUCAUGAAGGUCAAACAGGAGAAUAAGAUGAAGCUGGCAGAGUACAUCCUUAAGGAAUACAAUGUGACAGUGAACCCAGCAUCCAUCUUUGACAUCCAAGUGAAGCGUAUCCAUGAGUACAAACGCCAGCUGAUGAACUGUUUACAUAUGAUCCUGUUGUACAACCGACUGAAGAGGGAUCCCAACAUGGCUUUCGUACCAAGGACAAUAAUGGUUGGAGGCAAGGCUGCCCCGGGAUACCACACUGCCAAGCUGAUCAUCAAGCUGAUCAACUCAGUGGCUAAGGUGGUAAACAAUGAUCCAAUUAUUGGAGACCGACUCAAGAUUAUAUACUUGGAGAAUUACCGUGUGUCCUUGGCUGAGAAAAUCAUCCCCGCAGCUGACCUGAGCGAGCAGAUCUCCACCGCUGGCACGGAAGCUUCAGGUACCGGAAACAUGAAAUUUAUGUUGAAUGGCGCACUGACCAUUGGCACACUGGAUGGAGCCAAUGUGGAGAUGAGGGAGGAGAUGGGGCCGGAAAACAUUUUCAUCUUUGGCAUGGAGGUUGAGGAGGUGGAACAAACCAAGAGAGAGGGGUACAACUCAAAACAGUACUAUGAAAGCAAUCCAGAGUUGAAACAGAUCAUCGACCAGAUGUCUAGUGGCUACUUCUCACCUGAUGAACCCCACCUCUUCCAGGAGCUGGUCAACAUUCUCCUCAACCAUGACAGAUUCUUGCUGUUGAAGGACUUUGAAUCCUACGUCAAAUGCCAGGAGCGUGUCAGUCAGACAUAUCUGGAUCAAGCUAAAUGGUCCAGGAUGUGUUUGUUGAACAUAGCUUCGUCAGGCAAGUUUUCCAGUGACCGGACAAUAUCAGAAUAUGCCAAGGAAAUUUGGGGGGUUACACCCAAUGAAUUGAAGCUUCCCGCCCCUCAUCAGUCUUUAGAUGAAAUGAUGGCACAAGCCAAUGUUGCUGCCAAAAAGGCCUGAGCAUUUGUAGUAGAUCAGGAAACUCAUCUUCCACUUCACUGUGAGAAAUUACAAUGACUGGUCCUUCAGUGAGAGGUGGCAUGCUGGAAACGGUGGAAGAAACAUGGCUAUAGUGACCCUAGAUUAUAACUGAAAGACCACCAAAAUUGUAUCCGAUACUUUAUAAUGGAAAAAGUAUGUUGGGAACGGACUUUCCCUGUUAUUGUGUAAGAAAGGUUAUGACAAGGUCAUACAGCAAAUGAUGGGUCGGUUAGUCUUUACAUGAGAAUCACAUACUGAAUUGUUAUAUGUAAUCAAAUUCUUGGCAGUGUUUUCUUUAGAGAAUAAAUAACUGUAGGUGCAUUCAUUUAAUAUAUACAUUUUCUUUUUUAAAUUUUGUAAAACAGGAUUAAUGUGAAUUCCAGAUGUUAGAUGUUAUCUAUGCUUGUGUAAUGUAAGUUAUGGAGUUUUUUUGUCUUGCAAUAGAUCUGAAUGUGUACUGGAAGUCAGGCUAAUUUUGAUGCAAGUCUUUUUAUAACGGCGCAUCUGAUACUAAGAUAAUUAAUCUAGAGUAGGUAUGUCUGUUACAUUGAUGAUAUUAUUUAUUACUAAUUAAUUUCCUAUUGUUUAAUGUAAUGAAUCAAUUAAGCUUGAGAGGUCAUUAUCAUUUCUUUUGCAUAAUGAAAUUUAGAACCAUCUUUUCCUCAGUUGUACUUUUCUAGAUAAAAAUCCGAGCAGUAUUAUUGAAAAAUUGGAAAUCCCUGUCCUUUAUUAUCAGAUCUUCUGUACAUAAUGAUCAUUGUGAAUUUAGGCCUGGACUGAACAAACCAAAAUUUCUAGGUGUUUGUAGUAUUUUUUGUUAUUCUUGGUACAUAUCAGGUUAGCAUAAUGCAUUAAUCCUUUUUUUAUCCAAAAGUUGAAGAUAAGAAAUGUGUAUUGUAAUUAAAUAUAUAUAUAUAUCUUUAUAUACUUUUUGAAGUGUAGUGUAGAAGCUUCAGUGUCUGUUUUUAGUCAUGUCACAAAAUUAGACAUACUGAGUAGAGUGCUGUUGCCAUCAAAUGUUGAACAUCACAUGUUAUAUCAUGGUACCCUAUUUUCUAACUAUCUGGGAACCGGGAAAUUACAUUGACUGAUCAAUUUAAAUGUAUUUGGACUACAUAUAAAGUAUCUGGAGAGCAGGUGCACCAGAGUUAUUGUGCAUUCUAGUUUAAGAUCAGGUUCAGAUGUACUUGGUUCAGAUUUAAGGUGACAAAAAGUUCUUUAUAUGACCUGAAAUACCUUGAGGCUCAUAUCUACAUUAGUUUAUACCUGAGAAGUGCAUAACAUGAUCUCUUACUAAAUUUUGCUAGCCAUCCAUAUUUGAGGAUUUUCAAAAGUUGUCCAUAAACACCAAUGGGCCUCAUUCAGCUUCUCUGUUUUCAAAAUGCUGCAACUUCUCAAAGUUUGAUUUAUCCUCAAGUAUUGAUUUUAAUUGAAGUAAUUGAAAAAUGUUUAUAUAUUAAGAAUAUGUUAAUGUGGAAUAAAACAUUUCUGCAGAUUGUAUGUAAUUAAACUAAAUCUUUGACUCAAUAAAUGAGUUUUUGUAAGACAGGACAUUGUUUCCUGGGAGUCCUCAGCUUUACCCGGUUCUGUAUUUAUAAAUUUUGUAUAUACAAUACUCUACAUCAAUAUUCUGUUGUUGACCUUCACUUUUUGUUGCAGUUAACUUUGUGUUUGACACAGUAUAUAUGAUAAAGAUUUAUUGACGGGUAGGUAACGAGGACUUUAAUUAACCAAUACCUGAGGUUAACCGCUUCAGUAUCUAUGAGCAUGUUUGUGAUGGAGUUUGGUGACUUCUUCAUAGUCUACUGGAAAAGACUUGAAAAGGUCACUGUAAAUAUUAUUUUCUAGAUUUUUUCUAUUUUUGACUGUUUUGGAAAAUUUUGCAAUAUUUACAUUCAUGGUACUGAUAUGUAUGCUGCAUGUUUUGUUUGGUUAGAAAGCUUUCUGCUCUACUUUGAAGAAAACUUGUCCCAAAGUCAGCCAGGUUUCUGAAUACUCUAGAUAUAGGCCAAGUGCUGGAUAUGAUGUCAUAGAAAUUACUGUCAACAUACACAGUUUGACUGCAUAUGUGUAGUUUAACAGGACAUAAGAUGCAUCAUAUAAAUAGAGACAUGUAGUCAAUGUUGGAGAUUGUUACAGAAGUAACCUGGAGUCUGUGUUCCUUUUUAAUCCUAGUGAUCUUCCUUAGCCAAACCCGUUACCUGAAUAUUUCCUGCCAAAUCUGUUAUCUGAACAUAUUUUGCCUAUGUAAGGUUUAGAUAUCAGACUGAUAUUUAAAUUUUAUCAAUUUCCAUUCACAAAUGAUGGAUAAAAGCCAUGGAAUGCUAGCUGAAUGAUAUGGUGUUUUACUUAAAUGAGUGAUGGGAAUGAGGAGAUUUAUCCUGUAUAUUUAUUUACUAAAACAUCUAGCAUCUUAUUGCCAACAAAAGUUGUUGGACUGUGACUGAUCUCAACCGUGUCAUGUAGACACUGACUGGAUUGUGUCAGAGCAGUGGAGCCUGGAUUACCAUCGCUUUACACUGAGCAUUUAAACUGGCAUGACCUUGUCACCACCACCAUAGUACUUCAGAUAUAAACACCUUGAAGUUGUUUACAAGUGAAUGCAGUGGUGUAAAUUAUAUCCACCUUUUUAACAUCACCACAUGAUUGAUUUACAGGUAUUUCUCGGGGAAAAAUCUCUUACGGAUGCUGAUUAUCACUACAACUUAAAUCAGGUUAUCUUUGAUAUAUGUCAUGACUUCUAUAUUUUGUAGUACAAGUGUAUCAUUUCUACAAAGUGUGUCAUAUAAUGUAAAAAUCGGGCAGAUCUGUAAAGAAAUGAAACUGUACCCUUUAUAUAGCAAAGGAUUGUUCAUGUCGAUAGAUUGAUGGCAGAUUGUGUAAUACUUAGUUUGUUGACAAAUAAACCUGUUAUUUACUUUA